GAAUGCCAAUACGAUAUGUACAAGAAUUGUACCUACAAUUUUCGUGUGGUUCGUUUUCGAAGAGGGGGGGGGUUCAGAAAUGGGGGUCUGUCGAUAAAGGGUUGCUCGACGUCGCCGUUUAUAGGAAGAGUUGGGUCACAGCGGAGGGAUGGAAACUCUUCGUUGCUUUCGUUUGGGAUAAACCCACCAACGGCUAUGUCCAAAGGAGCCGAACAGAGUAGUGAGGACUCGUCUCAGGUCUUAUCCGCAAUGCUUCCAUUUGUGGUUGCUGCCACUGCUAUUGCUGCUUUGGCUCAGCCUGCCACGUUUACUUGGAUAUCCAAGGAUUUAUACGCCCCUGCUCUUGGUGGGAUCAUGCUCUCCAUUGGAAUCAAACUUUCCGUCGAUGAUUUUGCUCUUGCUGUCAAAAGACCUUUACCACUCUCUAUUGGGUUUAUCGCGCAGUAUGUGCUGAAACCGGCUCUAGGGGUGUUAAUUGCAAUGGCAUUUGGCGUGCCUAGAAUAUUCUACGCUGGGUUUGUCCUCACCACUUGUGUUGCAGGGGCACAGCUGUCUAGUUAUGCUAGUUUCUUGAGCAAAGGAGAUGUGGCCUUGAGUAUUCCUCCUCACUAGCUCCACCACAAUUGCCUCGGUGAUCGUUACCCCUCUACUGACAGGCCUUUUAAUUGGUUCUGUUUUUCCGGUCGAUGCUGUUGCCAUGGCAAAGUCAAUGUUGCAGGUUGUUCUUGUUCCAGUCACUAUUGGCCUUGCGCUGAAUACUUAUUGUAAGUACUUGGACUACUCCCUUCAACACAUGACUUUCCAAAGAUCUCAAGGACAACAGACAUGCAAAGAACUAGGAGAGAUACUCUCCUAAUUGCUCGCAGAAACAAAGGAAAUAAAGGAAGAUCGCAUGAAGAGAAUUUCAAGGAAACUAUCUCACUGAUCUUGAGAUAAAGGUCUAUUUAAUACAUAUCAUAUUUACAUGAUUCUAAAUUGAUAUGCAUUGAUUUUAAUUGAUCUAAAAAUCUCUUUAUAUAUGGAUAACCGAUUACAUGCCAAAAAAGAGUUUUAAAACCCUUCCAUGUUUAUCUUAUUCUGUAAUUAAGAUACGAUUUGAUUGAGGGGGAGUCCUGCUCCUAUAAAAGGGUUUUCCAACUAAUUCAUCGCAGAGAGUUUUGGUUGCAUAAAAUUGGUUUUUGCUUGAACUUCUAGUUUGGCUGUUCAUAUCUGUCUUUGAAAACUCUCAGUUUUUGUUUCAUGUGUUUCAUUUCUUUAUCAAUCACUUGCAUAAUUCAUUCUCAAGAUCAGUGAGAAGAUUGAGUACGAGGAUGAUUGAAUACAUAUUCGCUUGAAGUAGUUGAUGUUGAAAAAUUAGAAGUUAGAACAGUUGUAAAACAAGUUAGCAUCUGUUGCUAAGUGAAAGUGUUUGUUAUGAACAACACUACUUGUAUUCUGUAAACUCUAUUGAUUCAUAUUGGAUUGCCUUUUCGUGUUGGCUACGUUAAAAGCCACGCAGUGAAGUUUCCUCAGUGGAGAGGUUUACACUGCGUUAGCAAAUCUCAGUGUUAUGAAUCAUAUUUUCUUUGGAUAAACUUAGAUACGCAAAGUUU